CGAUUUUGUACACCUUUAGCAAUGCUUUCGCUGUAACCUAGGUCAUCCUAAGGUUUCUGAAUUUCUAUCGUGUGACGGGCUACGGUGCUUCUGUGCCUACAUUCAAAGUGGCAAUCACAUUCCCAGAAUCAGAGCUAGCUAUUGAAGGACAGCCGUGUAUGGCCCAGGCAAGCGGGUCAGGAGGCAAUCCGGGGACGACCAGUGCAUUGCGAACGCCCCAGAGCACUGGGAAACCCAAGCAAAAGGCGGCCUCAGCUAGAAAGGAUCCAGGGGGUCCAAAACCUUCAAGCAUUGCGCUUGCAGAACAAGCAUCCUUGCCGCAAAAGGGCUCUGCUGCGGCAUGCGAAGGGCGCAACAGCCAAGCGUCGGCGUGGGACAGGAAUGCCGGCAACUCCCGCACCAUGGCUAAAUCCGGGCUUGAUAACAACAACAACGACGACGAGGUUAGCAUGGCUGAACUCGACGCGUGUCUCGCAGCGGGCUCUGCCAGCAUCGAGGUGGUACUGCCUGUGGCUGCCGCGGCCGCUCCCGCCGCCGCUGCUGCUGUCGCUCCUUGCUCUGCAGCAGCAGCUGCCGCCGUUGUGUCACAGUCGCAGGCGGGGCAGGGCUCCGCUGCACGCUGCCGCAUUGCCCGUGCCUCGCCGGGUUGUUCCUGGGAUGGCGGCCGGCGGGUGGUGCGGUGUCAGUCACCCAUGGAGCUCUGCAUUGCAGUACAGAGUGCGCAAAAGCAGAAGCGUGCCGUACCGUUGCUGGCCGGUGGUUCGCCCGUUACGGCUGCUGGGUUUAGGGGUGCGAUUGGCUCCGGCUCAGCAGCAGCGGCUGCGCCGCCGUUGCUGCGGACCCCGCCGCACGGCGGAGGUGUCAUGGCUGCAGGAGCCAAGCCCGUGACUCCCGGCUCUGCGCAAGUACGGUUGCAGCUUCCGGAGGCGUGUCCUGUGCAGAGCAUUCGGGCAGCAGCAGCAGUAGACGUCCAGGGGGCUGCAGCAGCGGCGGUUGAGGGGCACCGCAGCAAGCAGGGAGCUCCUCCCGCAGCAGAGCAGCAGCUGCGACGCCCCAACGCCGUAGCAGCUCGUGAUGAGGCUGCUGCUGCUACUGGGGCGGGAGCCGCAGCAGCAGCCGUCGUUGCUCCUUGCAACAAGGCACCAGCUCGUGUAACCGCUGUGAGGUUUUCAGCUGCGGAGGCUCCUACCUCGGCGCAUCGGCAGACCACACCCUCUGGUAUCGUCGCUACCGCAACUGCUGCGACUCCUGCCGCAACGUGCGCGGCUCCAGGCGCCCCCACAGCGAUCGCUCGGUCGUCAGUCGCGCCGCCCUCUACAACCGAUACGAACGCAUCGCUAACCAUCGCCCAACUCGCGGUGAUGGCCGCUGCCCGAACCCAGGAACCAACCAGGCAGGAGCGGGUGGAGCGGACGGCGACCCAGCCCGCUGCUGCCGGCCCCGUUACAACGGACAAGGCGGCGGCGGCGGAUGAGGAUGCGGCGGCUGCAGGUGCCCUGCAGCUCAGUGGUGGCGACGACGGGGACAAUGGUGCGGUUUCUCCGGCGGAGGAGCAGCAGCAGCAGCCGCAGAGGGUCAGGGACCGUGCGGCUGUGGUGUCCAAGGACACUGGCGAACGGGCGCAGCGGCGAGCGGGCGGGCGGGGCGGACGAGGCGGGCGGAGAGGCGGAGCCGCAGGCGGAAGAGGUAGACGCGCCAGCGCCGCAUCUGCGGUUGCCGCGGAGGACCGUUCACGGUCUGUGACCCCGCCGCCCACCCUACGUGGAGCUAGCCAGCCAAUGAUCGACCUCGCUGACAGUGGGGAUGAGUCAUCACCGGACGUUCCCAUUGGGAAACUGGCGGCAGCCACUGCGGCGGCGACGGUGUCAUGUGCAGGGCCGUCCUUGGCGUCCUUGGCUGCUGCUGC